UUCCACGUGUAUUCUCGACGAUGAUCGUGUAUACACGUUGACAAUUGACAGCUGACUCGGCGUGUCAGAAAAAGUUCUUUUACUUCUCGUCUAGCCAGCUGCCAGCUUCGUCUCGUCGCAGUUUCUCUCAAAAAACAUGGCUGCUCAGUACUUAGCCUUGGACAGUUUCUGGGUCGACAGAUCCAACUAUACGGAAGCCGAGCGGACCUUCUAUGAAAGACUAGGCCAUGAAACGUUAACACCUCUGGUUGCUGAAUUUGUUAAGGCAAGGGAAACUAUAAAAGAACUGAAGAGGCAAGCAAAUGAAGCUGCUGAUGCAUUGGGUGAUGGGCUUCCUAUAAAAGAAAAUAAAACUGAUAACAAUGCUGGGAAACAGAGUAAAAAACAAAAACAGAAAGCGGCAAAAGAAUCUAAAGAACAACCGCAAGCUAAAAAUGCGAAAAAUAUCGCUGAGAAAAACGUGGAACCUAUUCAAACACCAGAAGUUAAAAAAGAAGAGGUGAUUAAAGACUCUUCAAGUCAAAGUCAAGUUGUAUGUGAACUUCCUGAAGUUGUACCUCAAGUUGAACCACCUACAAUUGAUAAAAUAGAAGUCACGUCUAAACCAGAUGUGGGUUGCAACAUCACACCUACCGCCAUGGAUUGCGAACCUGUCAAAUUCCUUGAGAAGAAGAUGCUUGCCAUCACAGACAUGAUGGCCAAAAUCCAAUCCCAACUUGAAGCAAUGGACACACGCCUCUCCAACAUGGAAAAAACCGUCGGCUGCCCCAAACAAGGCACAUGCCCCGCUAAAAUCGCCGUCUGCCCCGCCAAAACCUGCGCGAAACCCGCCGCCAAGCCAGCAGCCGCUGAUGACGACGAUGACGAUGUAGAUCUCUUCGGUUCCGAGUCCGAAGAUGACGAAGCUGCGGCCAAGAUCAAGGAAGAACGCCUCGCAGCAUACAACGCCAAGAAGUCCAAGAAACCCGCCCUUGUCGCCAAGUCCAGUAUCAUUCUGGAUGUGAAGCCAUGGGACGAUGAGACCGACAUGCAGGAGAUGGAGAAAGUCGUGCGUAAGAUUGAAUGUGAUGGUUUACUCUGGGGCGCUUCCAAAUUGGUACCACUUGCCUACGGCAUCAAGAAACUGCAGAUCAACUGCGUUGUCGAGGACGACAAAGUAUCCAUCGACUGGCUGCAGGAGACCAUCGAGGCCAACGAGGACUACGUGCAGAGCGUCGACAUUGCCGCGUUCAAUAAGAUUUAAAUCGGCCGAGGUCAUCAUUCAAUCAUUUGUGCUUCUGCACUGUACCGGUGAAAUUUUGUGAAUUAUUGAAGACUCGAGGAUUCGAUAGCAAUGUGUUUUUUAUUGUUUUUAAGAUUCAUUCGUUCGGAUUCCAUAUUUAAUAUUUUUCGAAAAUUUAAUUUGUCAAUAAACUCAACGCAACACUUUUAA